GUCUUUAUUCACCCAAUUCCAUAAUUUCCUCAAAUUUUUAUUAAUUCCCAUAAAAACCAUAUAUGGCUGAGGCUGGUGACGAGAAUCUUUACGCCGCCGCCAGAGACAUCGCUAGAGCCCUCGGCAAGGAUCCAAGUGCCGCCGGAGAUAUCUUACAGAUUCUCUCUGGCUAUGGCGCUUCCGGAAACCGCGGCGGCGACCCUCGACCCACCCCAUCCCGUGGCGGCGGCGCAAACCUUAACUUUGACCGAUCACUUAACUCCUUGGAGAGACAGAUCUCUGGCUACAUCGUUGAAGAUCGUCCCAUCUGGUCCGAUCCCGUUGACUCGCGAACCUUCCUCGACUCUGUUGAUGAGUUAAUUGCGAUGGCCGGAGACUUGAGAUCCAUGGCCGGAGAUCAAUCCGUCGCCGUCUGUCAAUCCCGUGCCGAUGAUUUGAUUCAACAAGUGAUGUUUAGGCUUCAGGAAGAGUUUGGAUAUGUAAUGGACCGAGCCCCUGACACGUUUGACUCGGACGAUGACUUCUCCGGCGAAGAAGACAACGACACAAACUACGGGGUAAUUAUAGCCCGUCCAGUCACAGAUUACAAAAUCGUGAUCGAGGCGUUAGAAUCGAGCGUUAUUGGCGAUCUAAACGCGAUCGCUGUGCGGAUGGUCGCUGGUGGAUUUGGAAAAGAGUGUUCAAGAGUGUACAGCAGCCGACGGAGAGAGUUUCUAGAGGAGAGUUUGUCGAGGUUGCAUCUCAGAGGAUUGAGUAUGGAGGAAGUGCAAGAGACUCCAUGGCAAGAUCUUGAAGACGAAAUCGACCGUUGGAUCAAAGCUGUCACUCUGGUCUUCCGCGUUUUCUUCCCUAGCGAGCGUCUUCUCUGCGAUCGCGUUUUCUCUGAUCUCCCUGUUUCCUCUGUAACCGAUCUCUCUUUCAUGGAAGUUUGCCGCGGGACGACCACACAGCUUCUGAAUUUCGCAGACGCGAUUGCUUUAGGGAGCCGUUUGCCUGAACGUUUGUUUAAGGUUAUGGACUUAUACGAAGCGAUGCAAGACCUAAUUCCAAAGAUGGAAACGCUAUUCUCUGAUAGAUACUGUUUGCCGCUAAGGCAUGAGGCGGUCGCUAUUCAUAAACGGUUAGGGGAAGCGAUUAGAGGGAUCUUUAUGGAGCUUGAGAAUUUGAUCCGUCGUGACCCUCCCAAAACCGCGUUUCCUGGCGGUGGGAUUCACCCCAUCACACGGUACGUGAUGAACUAUCUGCGUGCGGCCUGUAAAUCGCGGCAGUCGUUGGAGCAGAUCCUUGACCAGACUGGGGACGAAGCAGGACCAGAUACGAGUCCUUUGUCAGUGCAACUCACCUGGGUUUUGGAGCUGUUGGAGAGUAACUUGGAAGGCAAGAAAAGAACUUACCGUGACCCGUCUUUGUGCUUCUUGUUCAUGAUGAACAAUGGCAAGUAUAUUCUUGAUAAGGUGACGGAUAACGAGCUCGGUUCUGUCCUGGGAGAAGAUUGGAUUGUGAAGCACGCGGCGAAACUGAAGCAGUACCAUUCUAGUUACCGAAGGAGCUCGUGGAACCAGGUGGUGGGAUUGCUAAGGACCGAGGGUCCAUAUCCCAAGUUAGUAGAGAACCUUAGAUUGUUCAAAUCCCAGUUUGAUGAGGUGUGUAAGGUGCAAUCUCAAUGGGUUGUUACUGAUUUGCAAUUGAGGGAGGAGUUAAGAAGCUCCGUUAACGGAAUUGUGUCACCGGCGUACGAGAAUUUCAUCAGAAGAUUGAAGGAGUCGCCGGAGAUCAAUGGGAGGCGUGGAGAGCCUUUUAUUGCUUAUACUGUCGAAGAUUUGGAGGUGAGAAUUAAAGGGUUGUUCAAGGAAACCUCAAGUUGAUUAAAUUAAAUAUGAAAAGGAAAUGAUUAUUAGUUGACAAAUCUGUCAAAUUGUGAAUCAUUCUGUUUUUUUUUUUUUCUCCCUUGGGUAAAUAAUGGAUUGGGCGUCAGCAAAUUCGAUUAUACGUAGGUCUUUUUUGUGUAAGUGUUUGAUUUGCUCUUUUCAUGUAAAAAAACUCCAAACGAAGCUACUCACAUGCAUUGUGCUUUACCGA